AUGGCAUUGCCAUCAGCCGGAUCGCCUAUCAAUGGAUUGUCCUCGCUUUUUCGUUUUUUCCACCAACACAAUAUUCGGAUGAUCAGCCGAUAUUUCUUUUUCAGUUCGAAUAAAAUAAAAAUUCCCAGGACAGAGGCCCCGCAGUGUGCUUUUUUUAUUCCCGUGGAAGUGACAGUGGUCGCUAGUGAAUGCGAAAAAGUUGGAGUAAUUAAUUUAAUUUUAGUAGCUGCGCGAGAGGUGGUUCUCAAAUCUGGCAUCGAACAAAUGCGCGAUGCCGUCAAUGAAAUCGAAGUUUGGCUGGACAAAUUUGAUGCAUUUUUGUGCACAAAUGCUGGAAUGAAGGUGCGAACAUUGAUUACCACAUGCCAUUAUAUAAUAAUUUUUUCCCAGGAUUUCCUAAUGAUGUCAUACUUGGCCGAACUGACCAAAACUCAACUUUUGCUUCACGAGAAACUGCUGUCAUUUUAA